AUGAAGUUCAACAACAUCAUCGCCGUCUCCUCUCUCUUGGUCCUGGCUACUGCCCAGUCCACCACUGACAGCGCAGCCUCCACCACCAUCAGCCUGACCCCCGAGGCCUCCUGCGCCGCCAAAUGCGGUUCUAAUGACAUUUGCUGUGUUGCUGGAUGCUAUAAGGUUCCCUGCCCUAGCGACCAGCAGGCCAACGACACCGUCAGCUGUGUUGCUGCGUGCCCUCAGGGCUCUGGCACUCCUAGCGACACCGACAAGUAUGCCGCGUGCCAGAACAGCUGCUACAGCAGCCACUUCUUCCCCGCGACCAUGACCAAUGCUGGUUCCGCCAACACUGGUGUCAGCACCAACACCGCGACCACCACUAGCACUGGCUCCGGCAGCUCUAAGACUGGCACUUCUGGUAUGCUCCGACUCCUCGGCCUCUGGCUCCGGCACUGCUACCAGCAGCUCUACCGCCACCUCGACCCCAACGCCGCUGCUGUUAGCCAGCUGCAGCUCGGUGUCUCUGCCGCUGGUCUCCUUGGCUUCGUUCUUGCUACUUGGGCUCUGUAA